AAAAAAGAAACUGUCAAGCAGGUCAUGUCAACGCUACAUUGAUGUGCAUUGCAAGCAGAUUUAAUUGCAAUUUUCUCUAUAAAUAGUCUCAAUUUUAGCAUUCCAAAUGGAGGUCCUAGUCGCUAACGUAGAUCAUAUCAAAUUCGACAUAGAUUUUGCAUUAGACGAGCAAUAUGGAGCUUUACCGUUGCCGUUUCCCGGAAUGGACAAGUCCACGGCAGCAGUAUGUGAAUUUUACAGUCAACCUAGUGGAUGUACAAAUGGACCUCAAUGUCCCUACAGACACGUCCGCGGCGACCGCACAGUGGUCUGCAAGCAUUGGCUGCGCGGUCUGUGUAAGAAGGGCGACCAGUGCGAGUUCCUCCACGAGUAUGACAUGUCCAAAAUGCCGGAAUGCUACUUCUACGCCCGUUUUAAUGCCUGUCACAAUAAGGAGUGUCCGUUCCUGCAUAUAGACCCCGAGAGCAAGAUCAAAGACUGUCCCUGGUACGACCGCGGUUUCUGCCGGCACGGGCCUCACUGCCGCCACCGUCACGCGCGCGUCCUCUGCACCAACUACCUGGCCGGGCUCUGCCCAGACGGGCCCUCCUGCAAGUACAUGCACCCGCGUUUCGAGCUGCCCGCUCCCCCGGAACAGACGAAGGAUGCUAAGCGGUUGCCAGUUUGUCAUUAUUGUUCCGAAGUCGGACAUAAGGCGUCAUCCUGUAAUAAGAUACCGCAAGAGCAACGCGAAGCCGCCCAACGCCAAGAGGAGGCCCGCUACCGAGCCCUCGGCUACAUCAAGCCCGCCAACGAAAACGAGACCUCCGAGAGCCCUCGCAUGCAGCGCAUGAUGCACAAGCCCCUCGAAGAGGUCACCUGCUUCAAGUGCGGGACCAAAGGACACUACGCCAACCGGUGCCCGAAGGGACACCUCGCCUUCUUGAGUCAGAAUCAGAACCAGCAGAACCAAAACCAGUGGCUGAGGGACAAACAGCAGCAGUGAUAGUGUUAUGUUUAGUUUAAGUGACAUUGGAGGAUUUAUAUGAUUAAGUUUGUUUUCACAUUGAAUAACGAUGUUUGCUGGUCUGAGACACUGCCUGACAUAACCACAAAAUUAAAAUUUUGAAAAACCCCCGACUGCGACAUAGUAGACCGAUUUUCAUGAAACAUGGCUAAGAACACUCCCAACUAACUCAGCUUGCAGACAAAAAAAAACUAAA